UUUCUUUCGGUGUUAAUAAAAAUUUCAAAAUAAGCAUUUCGCGCACUAUAAAAAUUCGUAAUCAACAAAGACCAAAGUUAACAUAAAAAAUGGAACUAACCAUUAAAAUAUUAGGAGGCGAAGAAUAUAAUGUUACAGUAGAUCAGACACAACCAAUUUUGUAUUUAAAGAAACUUGUUGAGAAAAAGUAUGGUAUUCCUACUACCCAACAAAAGCUAUUGUAUAUUGGAAAGACUUUAGGAGAUGAAAAAACCAUCUCAGAAUGUGGCAUACGGUGCAAAUCAAAAAUCAAUCUUAUUGUCAUGAAAAAUGUUACCGACUCCUCUUCUAAAUACACCAGCGAAGAUUUUUGGAAGACACUUGAAGCUGUUCUACUAAAAUAUCACAGCCAUAGCGUUGCACAAAAUAUAAUAUCACAAUUUGAAAAGGAUUAUAAGCAUCUUAUUGCAACAAUGAGUUUGGAUGAUAUUGAGCGAAUCGCUUCCAGAAGUUUAAAACUGUAACAAACUUUUUUUUUUGAUUUAGCAAUCAAGUUUUGUUGCUAUUUGUUUUGCAAUUUUUAAUAUUGUAUUUUCUGUUAUUACGAGUUCCAAUAAAUUUUUUAAUAA